UCUGUAUAUGUUGCUUCUAGACUAUGGCCCAUUCACGAUGAGCAGACAUGGCAUCAUUUUUUCCGGAUCGCUAAAAAUGAGUAUGAGGAGUUGCACAUUUACGUGGAAGCUUCAGCGACCCCACCACAAACUUUGACGUUCCACGGAACUCCCAGAGAGAAAGGCCCAUCAUCUGUAUAUGGUCGGAGGAACAACUGCCAAACGUUCCAGAACUACGAAUCUCCUGGUGGAUCGUCCCCAAGUCAUAUAAGGGAUCCCCAAGACACUGCAUACGCUUGUACCGGGAUGACCUAGACCGCAUGACUGAGAGUCAGUUUGAUUUCACUCCCUACCCGUCCCAGGAACUCCCACCUAUCAUCCUUCAUGAUGCUCCGCUUUGGUCGGCUAGGAUCAUGCUCAUAUUUUGCAAUAUGACCGAAAUGCAUUACCCCGAUCGAUUUCUUCGACACUUCCAUAUAAGGCAAGAUACUCCAGAUGCUCCUCUGGCGGGUACUGAUCAUCACGGCAAUCGUUCCAACAUAGUAACCGGUGCCUGGGCGUUGUGGGCGGACAUACAACAUAAUAUAUAAUUUACUGAUUAUGAUCGACAUAUGUCCGUCGAAGCAACUAAGAGGUAUCGAAAAUGGUACGAGAAGCAUGGUAUGACACGUGUCCAGAACCCUUCUCACAAUGUGCCCAUGACAGGCUACGUCCCGACAUCACACGAUUUGGGUAUUGUGAAGCAAGGCUUUUACGAGGUGUAUCGGCUCUUAGCCGACCGUGCGAGUCAUGAGGACUGUCAAAAACGACUACAGCGGAUGACCCUGGACGUAGGUGAUGAAGAGAUGCUCCGCCGGGACAUAUUCCAUUAUGAAGAUGAAGGUGGAAGUGACGAAGAGGAUGAUGCAGAUGAACAUGAAUGUGGGGGUGAGCACUCACAAUCGCCUCCUCAAUUCUCAACAUGUCAGAGUGUCUCAUUUGAUCAACCAUCCCCUCAAUUCUCAACGCAUCAAGGUGUCUCAUUUGAUCACCCACCGCCGUAUUAUGAUUCUUAUCAGUAUUCAACACAAGCGGGUGAUUAUGUUGAUUCAUUUUUGGAUUUGUCAUUUUACUAUGGAGACACAACGGGGC